AUGCUUUGGAACGCCUUGGAGCGAAGUCCUCGCACGGAGGCCCGCGCUGCCGCCGCCCGGGAGGUGCUCCUGGCUGCGCUCGAAGACCUAAGCCAGGAGCUGUUGAAGCGCUUCCGCCACAAGCUACGGGACGCGCCGCUGCACGGCCUCCGCAAACCGUGGGGGCGGCUGGAGGGCGCGGACGCCGUGGACCUCGCGGAGCACCUGAUCCAUUUCGACGGGCCGGAGCGCAGGCUGGACGCGGCGCGGAAGACCCUGAAGAGGGCGGGCGUGCGCGAUGCGGCGGCGCUGCUCAAGGAGCAGCGGCUGCGGAGGCUCGGCCUCAGCUCCUAGGCGCUGCUCUCCGUGUCCGAGUACAAGAAGAAAUACCGAGAGCACGUGCUGCGGCAGCACGCCAAGGUGAAGGAGAGGGACGCUCGCUCCGUGAAGAUGAGCGAGCGCUUCACCAAACUGCUCAUCGCGCCCGAUAGCGCUGCCCUGGAGCACGAGGCUCUGGGGCCCGCGGAAGAGCCGGAGCCGGAGCGCGCUCGACGAUCCGACACCCACACCUUCAACCGCCUGCUCGGCCGCGACGGGGAGGGCCAGAGACCGCCGACCGUGGUGCUGCAGGGCCCGGCGGGCAUCGGCAAGACCGUGGCGGCCAGGAAAAUCCUGUACGACUGGGCGGCGGGCAAGCUGUACCACGGCCAGGUGGACUUCGCCUUCUUUGUGUCUUGCCGCGAGGUGCUGGAGCGACCGCGCACGUGCAGCCUGGCCGACCUGACCCCGGACCAGUACCCCGAUCGCAACGCGCCGGUGCGGCAGAUGCUAGCGCAGUCCACGCGGCUGCUGUCCAUUCUGGACGGCGUGGACGAAUUGCCGGCGCCAGGGCCCGCCGAGGCCGCGCCCUGCACAGACCCCCUUGAGGCCGCGAGCGGCGCGCGGAUGCUGGGCGGCCUGCCGAGCAAGGCGCUGCUGCCCACGGCCCGCGUGCUGGUGACCGCGCGCGCCGCCGCCCCCGGGAGGCUGCAGAGCCGCCUGUGCUCCCCGCAGCGCGCCGAGGUGCGCGGCCCCUCCGACAAGGACAAGAAGAAGUACUUCUACAGGUUCUUCCAGGACGAGUGGAGGGCGGAGCGUGCCUACCGCUGCGCGAAGGAGAAUGAGACGCUGUUCUCGCUGUGCUUCGCCGUGUGCUGGACCGUGUGCCCCGUUCUGCGCCCGCUGCCAGGUCCUGACCUGUCGCGCACCUCCAAGACCACCACGUCCGUGUACCUGCUUUUCAUCGGCAGCGUCCUGAGCUCGGCGCCCGCGGCCGACCGACUCCGCCUGCAGGAAGAGCUGCACAAGCUGUGCCGCCUGGCCUGCGAAGGCGUCCUCGGGGGCAGGGCGCAGGUCUCUGAGAAGGACCUGGAACGACUGGAGCUUUGCGGCUCCAAAGUCCAGGCGCAGUUUCUCAGCAAGAAUGUGACAGGCGUGCUGGAAACCGAGGUCACCUACCGGUUCAUCGACCAGACCUUCCAGGAAUUCUUAGCCGUGCUGUCCUACCUGCUGGAGGACGAAGCUCCCCAGACACCUGCUGGCGGCGUAGGAGCACUUCUGCGGGGGCACCCGGAGCUGCGUGGCCACCUCGCGCUCACUACGCGCUUCCUUUUCGGGCUACUGAACACAGAGAGGAUGCGCGACAUCGAGCACCACUUCGGCUGCGCGGUUUCAGAGCGCGGGAAGCAGGAAGUCCUGAGGUGGGUGCAGGAUCAGGGCCAGGGCUGCCCUAGGGCGGCGCCAGAGGGGACCGAGGGGACCCAAGCGCUCCGGGGCGCUGAGGAGUCAGAGGAGGAGGAGGGCGAAGAGCUCAGCGACCUGCUGGAGCUGCUGUACUGCCGGUACGAGACGCAGGAGGGCGCCUUUGUGCACCAGGCCCUGCGCGGCCUCCGUGAGCUGGCACUGGAGUGAGUGCGCUUCAGCAGAAUGGACCUGGCCGUCCUGAGCUACUGCGUGCCGUGCUGCCCGGCGGGGCAGGCCCUGCAGCUGGUUAGCUGCAGACUGGCCACUGCCCAGGAGAAGAAAAAGAAGAGCCUGAUGAAGCGGCUACAGGGCAGCCUGGGAGGCAGCUCUAGCUCUCGAACCACCAUGAGAACCCCGGGCUCCCCACCGCAUCCACUCUGUGAGUGGACCGACCGACCGUGUGCUCUGAACACCCUGAUGCUGUCCCGCUGCAAACUGCCCGACUUGGUCUGCAGAGACCUCUCUGAGGCCCUGACGGAGCUGGGCCUCUUCCACAGCUGGCUCAGCGAGGCCGGCCUGCAUGCGCUGAGUGAGGGCCUGGCCUGACCCCAGUGCCAGCUGCAGACACUCAGGGUGCCAGUUGGGCCUCCAGGAGGCUCCCAGUACGUGUUUGGCCUGCUCCAGCAGAGCCCAGCGCUGACUACCCUGGACCUCAGUGGCUGCCAGCUGUCGGGGACUAUGGCGACCUACUUGUGUGCCGUCCUGCAGCUCCCAGGGUGCCGCCUGCAAAGCCUCAGUCUAACCUCCGUGGAGCUGAGCGAGCGGUCACUGCAGGAGCUGCGGGCCGUGGGGACAGCAAAGGUGGGACUGGCCGUCACCCACCCAGCGUUGGACAGCGACCCCCAGCCUCACAAAGGGCUCGGCAGUGACCCCUGAGGCCCUGGGGGAGGGCUCUAGUCAGCCCUACGGAGUAGCCCUCCCCACUCCAAGGGCGAGAGGUUGGUGCUCUCUGCUGUGGGCAACUCUUUUGAGCCUGAGGGGCCCUGGACAGGCAGAUGGGAGACCCAGACAGACACGGCCCCUUACCUGCUCCUGGACAGCCCCCGAGACCUCCCCACACCCUGGGGACAGCCCUCCCACUGCAGGCGCCCCUCAGCAACAAGGGUGACGCUGAGCGCCCCC